AUGUCACGGUCUGUAUUUGGUCAUGAUCAAAACGCCCAAAUUGAUUGUCCGCAAUUCCCAAACACAUGGAUCGGUGCAAUGCCUUCGAGAAGUCUACCACUGAAUGCGGUCAAACAUUUUGAAAUGUGUGGCCAACAAUUGGUGGCAUUCAGGGGUGGAUCGGGUGCUGUCCACGUGUUGUCCGCCUAUUGUCCACAUUUGGGCGCAAAUCUCGGUAUUGGCGGACAUGUGGUGACUGAAUCGGGCGACGACUGUAUUCAGUGUCCAUUCCAUGGCUGGAGGUUUGGCGGAGACGGACAGUGCAAACGCAUACCUAAUCUCAACGACUCUGAUUUAAAGGCAGUGAAAGCUGUGGUAAAGAAAUGGCAGACAAUAGAGAAAAACGAGUUGAUAUAUGUUUGGCAUCACUCGGAAGGCUCGGACCCCGACCACUAUCCCGAGGACUUUCUCGCCAAAUAUGGUCACAAUCUAUCGUUUAGAUACUAUUAUUCGAGACAUAUGGACAGUAACUUUGAAGUAGUGGGCGAGAAUUGCGGUGACCUGGAGCACUUUGCUCGCCUACACGGAUCGGUGGUGCCGUACUUAACGACUACAAAAUUCUCUUUUGACACAACACGCAGUGCUGACAAUGAAAUCGCCGGUUUCGCUACAAUCUAUGUAUUGGGCUUCGAGUUAAUCACUCAGCCCUGGAAGUUGUGGUUCGGCUCACCAGUGAUGGUACAGCACCUCUUAGGAUACGACAACUCAUUGCUGGGACCU